AACAAAGAUGGCGGCGCUUGGUACAGCACGGUGCUUAUUCCGGAGCUACUCACGAGUGAAAAAUGUGCAGAGAAGCAAGCAAGUGUUGAUGAAAUGUAGCGUCCGGACGUUUUGUAGUGAAACACAAGACCACGCCCUCACAGACAAUGCAAAGCCCCACUUCACGGAUCCAGCUGUGCAGGACAUCCUCACCAGGAUAACAGGCCUGGAUCUACAGAAAGUGUUCCGACCCAUUAAGCAGGAGCUGAAGCCGCCCACGUAUAAACUCAUGACGGACGAACAACUGGAGCAGGCUGUUGAGCUCGCAGCAGAGCAAGCUAAGAAGCUGCUGCAGAUGCCCCCCGUCCUGCCGGAGAGGAAGCCCAUCAGUGAUGUGCUGUCUGAGGAUAAAAUGCUCGAUGGCAUGGACACAGCCAAAUAUGUUUUCACAGACAUCACCUACGAAAUCCCACACAGGGAGAGAUUUAUAGUUGUUCGGGAGCCUAAUGGAACUCUUAGGAAGGCGACCUGGGAGGAGAGAGACCGGCUUAUUCAGGCCUACUUCCCCAAGACUGGACGCAAGAUCACACCACCUGUCCUCUUCAAAGACGCGAACCUCAAGACGGUGUUUUCCCAGGACCGUCAUGAAGAUGUGUUGGACCUGUGUCUGGUCCAGUUUGAGCCAGACUCCUCAGAGUACAUCAGGGUCCAUGCAGCCACAUAUGAGGACUUGGACAAACAUGGCAAAUAUGACCUGCUGCGCUCCACCAGACACUUUGGAGGCAUGACCUGGUACCUGGUCAACGCUCGCAGGGUGGACGGGCUCGUCGUGGACAUGCUGACGAGACAGCUGUUUCAGGAUGCCGUUAGCCUCGUGUCUCUGUUCCACAUGGUCCACCCCCACAGUGAGUCAGCUCAGGAAGCUGCCAGCCAGCAGGCCGCUGACACCGACCUGCUUAAGAUCUACGCCCAGAAGGAGUCCCAGAAGUCGGGCUACAUCGAGCUGGCUCUGCAGGCGUACGAACAGACGGCCGCUGAGGGCUCUGCUGCCUGACCGGCUCGCACGUACGCACAAGUAUAGAAAUUCAUCCACAAUGAGGAAUGGUACCCAGAACCAGAGGCACAGAAUGGAAAUUGCCUCCCAUUUGUAAAACAUGACAGCUUCUGUUCUUUCCCUGAGCGGGUCCAAAGUGAAAUGUGCAUCUUUACUGAAAGGAAAGCUUCACAGCCAUCAGUUUGAAGAAUUAACUCUGGAAACAUCUUGCACAAUGGUUCAAGAUGAGAAAUGUUUUAUCAUUUCUCACGGAGAGGAAAUGUCUACAUGUGAGUCAAACUUUAUGUGUCAACUUAUAUAAUGUACAUAACAAAAUAAAGACAGUCUUUGUACCCGA